GUCGUGAAAAGCUGAGCAGUUUCAUUCCAGCCAGCCAGACGAUCGGGUCUGCGAUUGGCGAUGCAUUGCUCGUGUGAUGCACGUCAUAGAGUGGUGGCAAUUUGUGUGCUGAAAUCUAUGAAUUUGGCAUUACAUUAAGUUCCCAGUGUUUAAUAGUCAAAAUAUCUUGAUAUAUUCAGCAAUUUAUUGUCAUAUUUUCUCAUGUGUAAUUCGGUGUGAAUAAGGGUGAAAAGGGGAGUCUCAAUUCGUCAACGGUUGAUAAAUGUGUGUGCCUCUUCUUUUCUCUCUAGAUGAUGUGAAUUAAGAAAUUGACACGGAAGAGUUAAUUCUUCACAGUGCUCUGAGAGAUCACUUCUUUUCUCCUUGACUAACUCACGCGCGCUGGCUAGGAAAUAUACACUCCAAGCACAGCGCUAAGGAAUUUUCAUAUGCUCUCUGUGUGUCAUUAGAAAAUUUUCAGAGUGAAAAGUGUUUUUCACCAUCGCCAAGCCGUGACUGUUAGGGAAUUUUUUCUACUAUUUUUCUAUGCAAUUUUGAAAUAUACAUAAGUUCUGCAUAUAUAAUUUUACUCUACGACGCAAUUUAGAUUUUUGGCUGCUCGCUCUGAUGUUUUAUCUCAACAUAUUCGCUUUGUUUUCCCCAUACUUUGCACACAUCUUGUAGGUGUGUCAAGCAGUUGAAGAAAGAAUUCCUCAUUAAGCAUAUUGUGUCAUCAAUACUGCACAGAGUUGUUCAGAAUAGAUGCUAUAUUAUACAAAUUUCCAGAAUGUAGACAUUCUGUAAUCCAGACGACCAUGAACUGUUUGUCAAAGACAAACUUGACCGAUAUGUUUAAUAUUGGCGUGUCUCAUGCGUCUCUCUCUCUCUCUCUGUUUUCCUUCUUGGAGUCAUUGUUGUUCAAAAUAUGUACAUAUGUGUGCUAUAUAUGUACAUAUAUAUAUGAAGUGUUAAAAUUCCGUCUGUGUUUACACACCCAGAAUACAUUUUACCGUGUGAAGCGACGCGCUAUCACAAUUUUUGAUAACAGCACUGCAUGCGGAGAGUUGACUAGCCAAGUGAAUUUGAGAAUGACACAGAGUUGAGGCAAUUUUUCCUUUCUCACAGCUUUGUGUGAUAAGAAAAUGCAUUCGCCUAUCAGCUAUUCUCACCAUCUCACUCUCUUCCUUUCUCUAUUUCUAUCACUGUUUCAUUACUUCACGUUGUCAAUUUCUUGAAUUCACUACAGAGACUUGGUGUGGAAAAAUUGGAAUUUUUCUUUCACACACACAAAAAAAAAUUUAGAUUAAAGUGUUUAAUUAAAUCAGUGUUACUGAGGCGUCAAAAUGAUGAAAAAAGACAAACCAAUGCUGUCUGUGGCUGCAAUUAUUCAGGCACAGGGAAAACUUUGGGACAGGAGUUUUGCAGGUCUCGAUCCUAGUCUGAUAGGACACAUGGGACCACUGUCGCCGCCUGAUUUGAAGCCCGACACAGCGCUGCUCAAUGGCAAUUGUGCAGGAUCAUUUUCGCCUAGCGGCGGCGGCGGCAGCGCCACAGGAAACGGCGGCCCACCGGGCAGUCCGGGCUCGUAUGGCGGACAGAUUCCGAUGCAGGCGUCGACGCCCACGACUCCGCUCAACAGCCAAAACCCUCCCAAUCGAUCUCCAUAUCCGCCCAAUCAUCCGCUCAGUGGAUCCAAGCAUCUGUGCUCAAUCUGCGGCGAUCGGGCCAGCGGGAAGCACUACGGAGUGUACAGUUGUGAAGGCUGCAAAGGCUUCUUCAAGCGGACUGUGAGGAAGGAUUUGACUUAUGCUUGCCGUGAAGAUAAGAAUUGCAUCAUUGAUAAGAGACAGAGAAAUCGGUGUCAGUAUUGCAGAUAUCAGAAAUGUCUCAAUUGUGGAAUGAAGAGAGAGGCUGUUCAGGAGGAGAGACAACGAGGCGCGAAGUUACCAACAAAGCAAGACGAUCUGAAUCCAACGAGUUCAGUGCGUGAUUUGACGAUCGAGAGGAUUCUCGAGGCUGAGCAAAAGAGUGAAACAUGUGGUGAUAAUGCAAUUCCGUACUUGAGAGUUGGUCCAAAUUCAAUGGUUCCACCGGAAUACAAGGGAGCUGUGUCGCAUUUAUGCCAAAUGGCCAACAAGCAGCUUUAUCAGUUGAUCGAGUACGCCAGGCGAAUGCCCCAUUUUUCUCAGCUGCAGCGCGAGGAUCAAGUGACUCUUUUGAGGGCUGGUUGGAAUGAGCUGAUUAUCGCUUCGGUGGCAUGGAGAAGUAUAGAGUAUCUCGAUACGGAACGUACAAAUCCUGAUGGCACGAUCGAUCGACGAUCGAUCGUGCGACAGCCGCAGCUAAUGUGUCUGGGCCCGAACUUCACGCUGCACCGCAACAGUGCGCAGCAGGCGGGCGUGGCGCCGAUCUUCGAUCGCAUCCUGUCGGAGCUGAGUGUGAAGAUGAAGCGACUGAAUAUGGAUCGAGCGGAGUUGGGCUGCCUGAAGGCGAUCAUUCUGUUCAAUCCAGCCACAAUUCCAGACAUUCGCGGACUCAAGUGCCGACAGGAUGUGGAUGUUCUGCGUGAGAAAGUGUACGCAUGCUUGGACGAACACUGUCGCACUGAACAUCCUGGCGAUGAUGGGCGCUUCGCGCAACUCCUGCUGCGGCUGCCGGCGCUGCGCUCCAUCAGCCUCAAGUGUCUCGAUCACCUGUUCUUCUUCCGCCUGAUAGGCGACAAGCAGCUCGAGACGUUCGUCAAUGAGAUGCUGGACACUCCGCUGACGCUCUAAGUUCUUCGUCCACACUUUCCUGCACGAAGCUUCGUGUGCAUAUAAAAGUCUUUUAGAGAUGAAAGCGAAUGGAAAACAGGGAGAAAUUAACAUUUACGUCUCGUCAUUCGUGAAUCUGUUGCAAAUUUUAUCAAAUUUCAUCCUUCGUUAUGAUAUAUCAUCCACAGAAGAAAAAUAAGACAUCCAAAGAAUGUAGACAGACAGAAAGUUUAAGGUCUGAUUUGGGCUACAGCAGUUUGGUCAGUAAAUAGUUCCAAGAACACUGUUUCAUUCAGAAAAUGUCAAUAGAAUAUUAAAUUAAAACCAGUAAAAUUGCCCAAGAAUCUGAAUUCUUAAUCUGAAUGAAACGAUAGUUAGAAAAAGAAGUGAAAUUUGAUCAGAAAUAGUGUUUUGCUGUAGAUUAAAUACAGACCAAAAUGUUUUUUUUUUCCUCUUAUCAUUUAUUUGUGAAGCAAAAAACAUACAAUUUUAAUGUCUGGAUUGCUAAAGGAAGGACAUAACAAAUCAAUUUGCCAUGGAAAUUAUUUAGUGGAUUGAAGAAUACUUUUGGGCAAAAAGGUGUUUAGCAGAAGAAAAGCUUAUUUUAUCACACAGACUAAUACUUUGUCCUAUAUUUAUAUAUUUUCUACCUUGGCUAUAAAUGAAACAAUUAUGAUUAGACAUAUUUUUUUUUCGUUUUUAAGUGCAAGAAAAUAACAAGGUUUAUAAGAGAGAUGUAUAUCUAAGUUUAUUGUAGCUUAAAUACAUAUUCUUUUUCGGCAAUCUUUAUAUAUUUUUUUUUCUAAUGUUUAUUCUCGAAAAAGUGAGAAAUAGAAUUUGAAUACUUAAUCAAAAUUAGUUUUUAGCGAGCAUUAUAAAUACACACACACAGAGAGAGAAAACUAUAUAAAUUUUUAUGUAUUUUGCGUGUCAUUAGAUGAGUGAAAUUGAAAAAAGAGAUGAGGAAGACAAAGGUGUGUAGAGAAAUCUCUUUCAUGUAACAAAAUUUAUUCUAUCGUACAACUUUUGCAUUGAAGAUUGGAUUAAAGGUGAGGAGAGAAAUAUUACACACGAAAAAGAUCAUGUUACUAUUAGCACUAGAGAAUUUUCUUUGAUAAAAUCACAAGAUAUUUGAUGCAAAUAAGAUUCUUUUCGUCACGUGCAGAUGUUUAUUUUGUUUUAUUGUAAUGCAGUAUGCAUACUAGAGAGACAUUUUUUUUUUCAUUUUGAAUAUUUAGAAAACUUUUUGAAGGAGGUAAUAAUUGUAGAGAAAUUGUUAAUCUUACAAGUCUUCAGAGAUGACAUUUUAUUCUUUAUAUAAUUUUCUCUGCAAUGAUAUUUGACAUUCCAAAGUGAUAAAUGUUGAGAGGAAGAAAGGCAAAAGAUCAAUGUUGGGAAGAGAAAAGUUUUAUUGCAAUUGUACAAUGUUUCGGUGCAUCAGAAGUAAAAGAAAAGUAUAAAAAAAGAAACAAAUGAUGAAGAAAUUCACAAGAAAAGAAAAUUGAAUUCUGAUUGAAAGAUUUAAUGUAAUGUAAAAGAAUGUGUUUUUAUCGGGUUGAUAACGAUGAGAAGUUGACAAAAUGUGAGCAAAUAUAUUGCACUAUAAGAGAAAAGAGAGAAAAAAAAAUUAGACAACUUAUUAAUGUUAAAGAAAAAAAAAAACAUAGAAUAAGACAAAUUAUGAAGAACAUUAUAUUUAGAAUAAUUUAUUUUGAAGGAAAAGGAGAAAGAAUGAUUAUUUUGCAUGAACAGAGAAGAGAAUUGAAUACGGUUUGAACAUUUGAGGAAGAAGAAAAACUGAUGGAUGAAUCUAAAUGAGAAAUUCUUGUUAUCCUUAAUUCAUCUAUAUUAUUGUAUUACAAGAUAUUUUUUAUUAAUUUAAUAAAAAAAAAAACAGUAAUUGUUAUGCGUCAA